UAUCCCAAAGCUUCUUUUUAUAAAUGAAUGCAAACCAUUUCACUUCUUCCCACAUCCUUCGUUCCCUCCCCUCUUCAUUUCCCAAACCAGCAAACAGAAACAUGACCUUAACGUUACGCUCUUCUACUUCUUUCUUUAAUCUAAAAGAAACCAAAAGCUUAACCAAAACUCCUGAUGACUUCUUAGGCACCAUUUGCUUUGCUCAAACGAAGCCUUCAUGCCGUCUCCGAGCAAAGAAUUCCAUGUCGAUGCAGGAUGCACAGCUCUCAUCGCAUGGGAAAGUCUCAAUCGGGGAAGGGAGGAAUAGUGAGAAUAGGGAGAAAUUACAUGGUCUAACAAUUUCUCAUAAUGAGAAUGACUCUAGGGUGCCUGUUUUUGUGAUGUUGCCACUUGACACAAUCACCCUAGGAGGUAACUUGAAUAAGCAACGGGCGAUGAAUGCCAGUUUGAUGGCGUUAAAGAGCGCAGGCGUGGAAGGAGUCAUGGUGGAUGCUUGGUGGGGUUUGGUGGAGAAAGAUGGACCUUUAAAGUACAACUGGGAAGGGUAUGCUGAGCUUGUGCAAAUGGUCGAAAAGCAUGGUCUAAAGCUCCAAGUGGUUAUGUCUUUUCAUCAGUGCGGAGGGAAUGUUGGAGACUCUUGCAGCAUUCCGCUACCUCCAUGGGUGCUAGAAGAAAUCAGCAAGAACCCGGACCUUGUCUACACUGAGAGGUCAGGGCGGAGGAACCCUGAAUACAUUUCCUUGGGCUGUGACUCGAUCCCUGUUCUCAGGGGAAGAACACCUAUUCAGGCUUACACAGAUUACAUGAGGAGCUUCCGCGAGAGGUUCAGAGAUUACUUGGGUCGAGUUAUUGUGGAAAUUCAAGUGGGGAUGGGACCUUGCGGGGAGCUGAGAUACCCAGCUUAUCCAGAGAGCAAUGGGACAUGGAAGUUUCCUGGAAUUGGAGAGUUUCAGUGCUACGACAAGUAUAUGAGAGCUUCGCUUGAAGCAGCGGCCGAAGCCAUCGGGAAGAAAGACUGGGGAAAAGGCGGUCCACAUGAUUCUGGCCACUACAAGCAAUUUCCUGAAGAAACUGGGUUUUUCCGAAGGGAUGGAACAUGGAACACAGAGUAUGGACAGUUCUUCCUGGAGUGGUACUCUGGGAAGCUACUGGAGCAUGGAGAUAGAAUACUUGCAGCAGCGAAAGGAAUAUUCCACGGAACCGGUGCAAUACUGUCUGGUAAGAUAGCCGGAAUUCACUGGCAUUACAGAACAAGGUCUCACGCCGCAGAGCUGACAGCAGGGUACUACAACACUAGACAUCGAGACGGUUACCUCCCAAUAGCACAAAUGUUGAGUAAACAUGGAGUUGUUUUCAAUUUCACAUGCAUGGAAAUGAGAGACGGGGAACAACCUGAUCAAGCAAACUGCUCACCGGAGGGAUUGGUUCGGCAAGUAAAGAUGGCAACAAGGACGGCCGGAGUUGAACUCGCUGGAGAAAAUGCACUGGAAAGGUAUGAUGCCGGUGCAUAUUCACAAGUUUUGGCAACGAGUAGAUCAGAUUCUGGCAACGGAUUGAGUGCAUUUACAUAUCUAAGAAUGAACAAAAGGCUGUUCGAAGGGGGCAACUGGCGGCACUUGGUGGAAUUUGUGAAGAACAUGUCAGAAGGAGGUCGGAAAAUUUCAGAGUGCGACUCCCGGGGGACAAACCUUUACAUUGGGUUUAUCAGAGAGAAGAAUGUCGAGAAAAUGAAGGAGGCUGCUCCUGUAUAGAAACUAUCUACAAAGUCCUGGAUAACAGUAUAUAGUUUUUAGUGUAAUAUAAGCUAGAAAAACAAAGCAAAAAGACUAUAGUUCAUAUACACCAUAAUUUUAAAUAUCAUAUGCCAAAGUAGCAGAUGGGUAAAACCAAAAAUAAAAAGAUUGCAUCUCCACAAAAUAUUUGGAGAUUAAUUUCAUUCAAUCUUAGGCCAAGAUCAUUUUCUUUUUAUUCCAAUUUUUUUGGUCACACUUUGAAGAUUGAAUCGGUCCAAUUAAUUUUCCAGUGUAUCAUUGUAAUCAAUGCAAAAGGGCUCUCAAACUGUUAUGAAUGUUUA